AUGGAGUCUGCGAUUCGUUGGUCGCCGAGCUCGACCACAGCGGAGCAACGCUUCCUCUCCGUCGACGUCACUGGGAAGGCAUUUCGCCUGUGCAGAGUUACUGGAUUUGAUGGCAGGAAUAUACAGCAUGAAGUUCUCUCCCACCUCCGAGACGUUCCUCUUUUUCGCGCAUUCGAUUGGUCGACCUCAAAUGAGAACCUGAUCGCGGUGGGCCAGUCAUCUGGGGAAGCUACAAUUCUACGCCUCGACGCCGAUAGCAAGGAAUCACUUUCGUUCCCCGUACGAAAUCAACGAUAUUGUAAUGCAGUGGCAUUCAGUACACAUGGGCUGGUGGCAUCGGGUCUCGAUCGCGUGCGGAAUGACUUUUGUUUGAAUAUUUGGGACGUGAAUCAACGGCUUAGCCCCGCUGGCGCUACUAAGGGGUUCCACGAGCCUUUACGAAAGCUAGCCAGCUCCGAGCCUAUCACUAGUAUCAAGUUCUUCCGAGACCAGCCAGACAUGCUGGUGACUGGAGUUAAAGGUCAAUUUGUUCGGAUCUACGAUCUUAGAGAGGGCCCCGGAAACCCUUCGUUACAAUUCCCAACCCAAUGUGUUCAUAACUUGGCAAUUGACUGGCUCGAUGAGAACUAUAUUGCUUCUUGUGUGACGUCGAACGAAAACACGGUUUGCGUGUGGGAUCGUCGGGUUGGACCUCGCCUCUCGUCUCCCAAUGUUGGGUCUUCUGCUGCUGCGACCCCGAAAGCCAACCAGGCAGUUUCUGCUUUGCAGUUGAAAAAUGUGUUCAGGCCUCAGAACACCAUUUGGAGUUUGCGUUUUUCCAAAACCAAUCGGGGCUCCUUAGGUGCAUUGUCCAGCUCCGGGAAAUUGAAAACUUUUGACAUUGCCAAAGACCAUUUAUCCGAAGAGUAUCGCUCAUCUAUAGAUGAGACUCUCGGCCAAGGAUCUUUCAGAAACUACCCGGAGCCGGUUUAUACCAAACACAUUCGAGAUGUCUGCGCUCCAUUUGACCAUCCUAUUCGCGGUUGUGCGGAGAAAGAACGAAUAGUCGCAUUUGACUUCCUUAACCUCAGCCUCUCAUCUCAGCCAAGUGCCAUUGGAAUUGAUGGCAAUGGUCAACCGCAGAUCAUUACGGGUCAACCACCAUGCCCGCCUGUCGCUUUAUCAUCAAAAGGAACACUGGCUUGUGGUGUCCCAUCUAACGACUCGGACUUAAGGUCUAUCCAACCAUUGUCCGAACAAAUAUCUCCUAUUUCUGAGCUAGUCGGGAACAUUAGAUCUCGCGUUCUCUCCAGUUCCAGAGAGUCUAGACAUAAUUUGGAGAGGAAGAAAAGCAUAUCUAGGGUCCUGAGCUCCGACCCUGUGCCGAGCCGAGAAAGCCGAGAGCGGGCGCUAUCUUUAGGGACAUUUGGAAGUCUUCUCACGGCGAAAGAGGCAUUGACUAUCUCUACACUCGGCCGGUUCCGGUGUAAAGAGGGCUACCUCUUUGAUGAAGCAAGAAAUCAACUCAUUGUUCAAGACGAUCCUACUCUCCAAGAUUUCUGGAGAUGGGUUCAACGUGCUCGGUCCGACUCUUCAGGGAUGAACAUGGUGGUCAAUGGUCUGGAUAUGAAUUAUCUUGGUGUGGGCAAUGUUUGGCAAAAUGAUCUGGGUCAUGGGUCCGAAAAGCGCCAAGACCGCGACAGUUCCAAAGGAGACGAUGAGAAGCUGGCAGCGGAAACCAUAGUUCAGCUGGCUGGCCAACUGGGUCUACCUGAAUUUACUGGUUGCGAAACCUUACGUGUCGAACACCGCCAACUGUGCCUUCGCCUCUGUGGCGCAGCCCAUUCAAGGCGAGAAUUGGAGGAUUUAGUGAAGAAUCUCUCGGCGGAGAGCCAACACACAAAGGCUGCUGCGCUGGCUAUCUUCCAGGCUGAGCCCAAACUGGCCUACUUGGCACUGCGGAGCAAUCAGCCCACGCAAGCCCAUAAACUGCUGGCCAUGGCAAUAGCCGGUGCUGCUAAGGGUGAUAAUAGUGCCGACUGGGAAGAAACAUGCGCAGAGAUCUCGAAAGAACUUACAGAUCCAUAUGCAAGAGCUAUUCUAGCCUUUGUGAGCAAGGGAGAUUGGCAUGCGGUUAUUCAGGAAACUACACUCCCACUGAAAUACCGUGUGGAGGUUGCAUUGCGCUGGCUUCCAGAUGAGGAGCUCAGCGAAUAUCUGAAAGAUGCCACAGCAGAAGCCACGCAACAGGGUGACAUUGAAGGUGUCGUACUGACUGGUCUGGGUCAUCUAGCAAUGGGUUUGUUUCAAUCUUACAUUGACAAAUUCAACGACAUCCAGACUCCGGUUCUGGCCAUGAGCUAUACCGUACCGCGGAUCAUCAGCAAUCAAGCCUACAUCACCCAAUUUGAAGCUUGGCGAGAGACAUAUCGCCGACAGAUGAAUUCUUGGAAACUGCAACUUGAGCGGGCCCGAUUUGAUGUUGGCUCGCGUCAAUUUGCUGUCACUGUUGACGGACGCAAGCUCAUUCCGCCGCCGCCGCAACAGGUUAGCCUGAGCUGCAACUACUGCACUCGCCCACUUACACAAAGCGAUGGAUCAUCUCAAGUCUCUCCGUCCGCCACAACAGAGACAAUUCACCCCACUGUGGGUAGUCCUCUCGGGUCCACGGCUAUGUCUGGUACUGUGUGUCCCCGCUGUGGUCGUCAUAUGCCCCGUUGUGGCAUAUGUACACUCUGGCUGGGCUCUCCAGAUCCGAUGUCUCGUGCGGGGAUUACUGCAGAUACAGAGUCGAAUCCUCGUAAAGCUACGGAGACUGAGGUGAUGCGCCGCUUUGUGGUUUUCUGUAUUCAUUGUAAUCAUGGCUUCCAUGCCCACCAUGCGCGAGACUGGUUCAUGAGGCAUAAAGUUUGUCCUGUGGCUGAGUGUAGCUGCAUCUGUGAUCGUUGA